CCAAGUGCCACAAAUAGUUCCUUAGCGCAUAUAAUCAGCUUGUAUUUAUGCACCUGAACAGGUAAAACACAUUAGAAACAGUGUAAUUUGUUUGUUGUCGCUGUUUAUUUACAAACAAAACACAGUGUAGGAAUACUCCUACGUCGCCCUUGAAUUCGUCGUGGAUACGUAACCGUGUUAAUAAGGUUAAUACAUCAGAUUUAACAAUGCGUUGAGAACGGAAUGAGCUAGAAAAUAGACCAGUACUAUUUUGAAAGUGUCACAGGAAAUGUGGGUUUUGUCAAAAAUGUCACUAGCACUACUAGUCAGUUGGUAAAAUAAGACAACACAUUCACGAUCAUCAUGACCUCAUCAAAACCAGAAGCUGUAAUCAAGAAAAACUGGGUCCAGCGUACUGUAACAGCCACAGUGCUCAUACUAGGAUUCAUAGUAGUAAUAUAUAUCGGGGUACCAGCUUUACUAGUUGCUACACUAGCCAUCCAAGUGAAAUGUUUCCAAGAAAUCAUCACCAUAGCAUAUAACUACAAAAAGCUUCCUGAAAUACCGUUAUUCAGAACACUAAACUGGUAUUUUUUGUUUGUUCUUAAUUAUUUCUUUUUUGGAGAAGCUUUCUCGCAGUACUUGGACACAUACAUCAAGAAAUAUCAUAUACUAGAAAGCUUUUUUGCUUACCACAGGUUUCUGACGUUUUGUUUAUAUAUGGUAGGUCUAAUUUGGUUUCUUAACUUGCUCAGAAAGAAGGUUAUUAGACAGCAAUUCACCCUACUAGCUUGGACUCAUUUUCUAGGCAUAAUUAUAGUACUUCAAAGUUAUAUGGUUGUUCAAAACAUGUUCGAAGGAAUAAUUUGGUUGGUUCUGCCAAUCUCUUUGGUAUUUUUGAACGAUAUAUUCUCUUAUAUUUUUGGAAAACUCUACGGAAAAACUCCUUUAAUCAAAUUAUCGCCUAAGAAAACCUUGGAAGGGUUUUUCGGAGGUGUUGCCAGUACUGUAAUUUUAGGAACUCUCCUGGCUUAUAUUUUGUGCCAUUUCGAAUACUUGCUAUGCCCAACGAAGUUUGUAGAUAUAGGAAAUAGUAUAAACAUGAUUACCAAAUGCACCCCAAGUGAUAUUUUUCAGCCUAUUACUAUAGAUUUUAAGUUUUUUUCAGUAUGCUUUUAUCCAUUUUUGCUUCAUGUACAAUUCUUGGCACUUUUUGCUUCUCUAAUAGCUCCGUUUGGGGGUUUUUGUGCUUCGGGAUUUAAAAGAGCCUUCAAUAUGAAGGAUUUUGGUGAUAGUAUCCCUGGACACGGAGGUGUGAUGGAUAGAUUUGACUGUCAGUAUCUUAUGGCAACAUUUGUCAAUGUUUAUAUUAUUAGUUUUAUAAGGAGUUUCACUGUUGAAAAAAUAUUUGCCAAAGUGUUGAGUUUGAAUGAUGCCGGUCAGUUAGAGUUCUAUAAUUUAUUGGAGGAUAAUUUAAAGUUGCAAGGCCUGAUCGAUUAACUAAUUUUAGUUAGUGAAUAGCUAUAAAAUUAUGUAUAUGUAUUUGUAAUUAGUAUUGAGACUGAUUUAUAUUUUUAACAUGUUUAAGCGUCAUUCAGAAUCUCGCAGGUAGUGGAAUAAAUUAGGUUAGGUUAGGUUAGGACUGUGAGUUAAUGAAGCUUCUAGAAUACUAAACUAACUUAUUAUUUUUAAAUGUCACAUUUUUUAUAACGCCCUUAGUAUGAAUGUAAUAUUUAUUAGUUUAAUUAUAAAGAAGAAAAAAUAUAAAAACAUCAAUUCUAGUUAAAAAAUAAUUGACGGAAUAAUUAUUAUUGCUUUAUUAAGACAUUUUAGUAUUUUAGUAGGUAUUAAAUAAGCUUUUACUUACUUUAAGGUAUUUGUAAAUUAAUGUUAAUAUGUUUAAUUGUGUUAAUGUUGUUGUUGAUUUGUUUGAAUAUUUAUAUGCAUUUGUUAUUAUUUUGUAAAUUUUUGUUGUUUUGUAAACAAUUUUAUUAAAAUGAUAUUGUUACAAAUAAGA